AGUGGGUCCUUCAAGUCCGUCUAUCGUGCAACUUGGAAUCGCUCCAACGGAGAUACGUCGUCUGUAGCUGUUCUACAAAUCAAAGGAAGUGGAUCUUAUCUCCGAGACGCGUUCCAGCAGGAACUCAACGUCACAUGCGAGCUUGGUCUUCACCCGAACCUUCUCAGGCUGCUUGCGAUCACCAAAGAGCCAGCCUCUGGAGAUUACUGUUUGGUCACCGAGUUCGCAUGCCAUGGGUCCUUGAAGUCCAUGCUCCUAAAGCUGUGGGAGUCCAGGAACACGAUCAGUGCACUGCACAAGAUAUUGAUUGCUCGCCAAAUCUGUGAUGGGAUGGUACAACUCGCCCUUCACAAUGUGGUGCAUCGUGAUUUGGCGGCCAGAAACGUAUUGGUGUUCUGCAUGGAUUCAAUGAAUCAUCUUGACGUUCAGGUCAAGAUAGCAGAUUACGGUCUUUCGAUCUUAUCUAAUUGUGGGUACUGCAACACCAAUGGCGGGUCGAUGGCAGGGAGCACAGCUCGCCCUAUCAGGUGGAUGGCGCCCGAGAGCAUUCAACGAAGGCUAUACUCGGAGCAGAGCGACGUUUGGGCGUUCGGCGUUACCAUGUGGGAGAUCUGGAGCUAUGCGAUGAUGCCUUAUGGGAGUGUAACCGACGAUUGCACUGUUGGGUCAAAGAUCGUCGAUGGUGAACGACUUGCAAACCCUGAUAAUUGUCCAGCUGGAAUUUAUGCGAUCAUGCAGAAAUGCUGGCAAGAUACGAGGAAGGAUCGCCCUACGUUCAAGGAACUCCAA